CACGAAUACAAAGAGCCAUACGACCUUCGAGUAUCCUUUUUCCAUUUUUUUUUCUCCUUCAUCUUGUGUGCGUUUUCCAAAUUUUUAAAAAUAGAGAUCUGUGGCAGUGCUGGGCGAAGGCCGUGGGACACCAUUGUGCUGAGUGCUUAGGGAGCACAGGACCUGCUAAUGGAAAGCUGAGGAGAAGCAACCAUGUACCUGCUAGCCCACUCCUCCACAGAACCCACAGCCCGGAGCCCCAGCUCUUCUGACCACCUUCUAUGAAGCGCUUCCCUGGCGAAGGCCAGUUACUUGGAGCACUUGUGAAGGGACCUAUUAGAGUGUACACAGCUACCUGCGGCUAUCAACUAUGUCCUUCAGUGCCACCAUUCUUUUCUCCCCUCCCAGUGGCAGUGAAGCCAGAUGCUGCUGCUGUGCUUGUAAGAGCGAGACUAGCCAGGGCAGCACGGGUUCUCAGGGCGGGAAUCCUCCCGCCAGUACCCCCAUCACAGUGACUGGACAUGGCCUGGCGGUCCAAAGCUCUGAACAGCUCCUGCAUAUUAUCUACCAGCGGGUGGACAAGGCAGUGGGUCUGGCUGAGGCCGCUCUGGGGCUUGCGCGGGCCAACAAUGAGUUGUUAAAACAGCUCCAGGAAGAAGUGGGUGAGCUACGGCAGGGGAAAGUGUGCACCGCUGAUGAAGAUGGGGAGAGCCGGGCCCGCAGCCCACCACCCGAAGAGCCUGGAGUGCUCAAGGGAAGUCCAGGAGAAACCUGCAACACUCUGCCUGCCAUGGAGGAAGAGUGUGAUAGCGUGGGCAGUGGCGUGCAGGUGGUGAUCGAGGAGCUGCGGCAGCUGGGGGCUGCCUCCACCGUGGGGCAAGGGCCCUUGGGCUUCUUCGCAGCCCCCCAGAGAGAUGCGCGCCUUCCAGGAUGCACUCUGGCUGCGGUAGAGGGAGCCCCGCUGCUCAACCCGAUGGCAGACGACUAUGUGGCCUCUGAGGGUUCAAUACAACGAGUGCUGGUCCCCGCUUACGCCAAACAGCUUUCGCCAGCCACACAAUUGGCUAUCCAGAGGGCAUCCUCAGAGACAGGACCAGAAAGUGGAACCAAGCUGCCCACAACGCGCCCUGAGGGCGUGCUCGGAUCUGCAGCUCUGGACAGUGCCUUGGAUGAAUCAGGCGCCGCCGGAGGUACUGGGGAAUUGAGCCGCUCUCUUGGAUUUAUUGGCUCCCCAUGCAGGAUCCGAGGGACUGGCCAGAAAAACUCCAGGCGUAAGCGAGAUCUGGUGCUCUCCAAACUGGUCCACAAUGUGCAUAACCACAUCACCAACGACAAGAGAUUCAAUGGGUCGGAAAGCAUUAAGUCGUCUUGGAAUAUUUCAGUUGUGAAGUUCCUUCUGGAAAAGCUCAAGCAGGAGCUGAUGGUGAGCCCCCACAAUUAUACAGACAAGGAGCUGAAGGGAGCCUGUGUGGCCUACUUCCUUACCAAGAGGCGAGAGUACCGCAAUUCUCUCAACCCUUUCAAAGGCCUAAAGGAGAAAGAGGAGAAGAAACUUCGAAGUCGCCGAUACCGGCUUUUCGCCAAUCGAUCCAGUAUCAUGAGGCACUUCGGACCCGAGGACCAGCACCUGUGGAAGGACGUGACAGAAGAGCUGAUGUCUGACGAGGAGGACAGUCUUAAUGAGCCAGGUGUGUGGGUGGCCCGCUCGCCCCGAUUCAGGGCCCAGCGCCUCACAGAGCUCUGCUACCACCUGGAUGCUAACUCUAAGCACGGCACCAAAGCCAACCGCGUCUACGGGCCUCCCUCAGACAGACUGCCUUCUGUGGAGGCCCAACUCCUUCCUCCCGAGCUGUACAACCCCAAUUUCCAAGAAGACGAAGGAGGGGGCAAUGAGAAAGGACCUGUCUCCCCAUCUUAUGACCAGCCCCACAAGACAUCCUGUCCUGACUUGAAUUCGUUCAUUGAAAUCAAGGUGGAAAAGGAUGAAUACACUCUAUAACAAGGCUAACUGGCUCCUCCCACUCUCCACAUCCUGGAAAGGAUGGCUCGGAAUAACGAGGUGCCUCCUGCAGUCUACAAAAGAAAAUCUACUUUUCUUAACAUAGUUUCCACUUGAAGUGGAAUAGCAGAACUUACAUAGAAGGCAGGGGAGGUCUUUCUCCCUGUGAAUGGCAGCCCAGAAAGUGUUUAUUCCUAAGUAUAAGCAGUGCCUCAGAGGAGCCUGGGAUGCAAAGGAGGAUGGGCCAAAGAAACGAGAGGCCUUGAUCCAUGUCCCCUCUCUGACUUGGUUUGCCCCUCACCCUCC